AUGGCGGACGCUAAAGCGGCGGUCACCAUCCGCACCAGAAAGUUCAUGACGAACAGGCUCCUCUCGCGGAAGCAGUUUGUAAGUCCUUCAAUUGUUGUGGCUUCCCCUGUCUUCUAUGUUACGUCUGCUUCAACUAAUAGUCUCACGCAUUUCAGGUUAUCGAUGUCCUGCACCCAGGGAGGGCCAAUGUCUCCAAGGUGGGUUCGCCUCUCUGGCAGAAGCAGUAAAUCCUGGAUAGAUGUGUCAUUCGUAAAUCACUAUUGUUUCCGGCAUAUGCUGAUAGUAUUUAAAAAAAUUGGGGUGAUAAUGCAGGUGGAGUUGAAGGAGAAGCUUGCGAGGGUGUACGACGUCAAGGACCAGAGCGCAAUCUUCGUGUUUAAGUUCCGCACACACUUCGGAGGCGGAAAGUCCACUGGAUUCGGCUUGAUUUAUGAUUCAGUUGAACAGGCGAAGAAGUUCGAGCCGAAGUACAGGCUGAUCAGGGUACUUAUUGCAUCAGUAUCCUUGGGAUCGCAUUCCAAUUUCUAAAGCUUUAUUCUCGUAUUAUCGUCGCUUUUGUCUUCUCUAUUCUCAUAUCUGCUACUAUGCAUCAGACGGUUUAGAGCCAGCGGAACUUGACAAUUAUCUAUUGUAUAUUUUCCUACGUUCUGAUGUGAUCUUCUGUUGGAAGUCCAAGUUAGUUUUUUGUGUAUAUAUGUGGUUUUGGAAAUGGACUUAUUGCAUUGAAAUCUAUUUUGAUAUUAGAAUAUUGUUUGCUGGGAAAUGUAAUUUCCAACAUUAGCCUUUUGUUUGUGAUGUAAAUGCUCGGAAUUGAUUAUCUCCCAACAAGAGAUAAUUAAGUGCUCACUUCUUUCUUCUCUACUUGUUGAACAUAACCCCAUUCACUGAUCUUUGAACUCAGUAUUCACUUGCCCGCGACAAUCCUCCUCGUCAUUUGGAAAACCAUAAAAAAGCUGCUCGUUAAUCUAAUCGUCUGCAGGAAUUGAACUUGGAUGGUUUUUCGACUGUAUUUUUGAAUUUUAGAAAAAUGACCCAUUCGGACGAGCUUUUACAGGUGUAAUGCGCGCUUUAAUUUUACGUAUAUUUCUUAUGUCCCGUUCCUAUCUUUUGGAGGAUACCUGCACGUAAUUUAUUCGAGUCUUGAUGAUUCCUACAGGCUUCGCAUCGCCCCCCCUUCCGCAUGUCCUGAUUCUUUCUCUGUCCCAGUAUACAUCUGUAUAUAUCAUGUGCACUUGCACAUGUAAUUCUUCUUAAUUUCCUUCGAAGACAUGAUUUUCACCUAGCUGCCCAUUCUUUAAAUGCUUCUUCCCAUAUGUGAGAAGAAAAUCUUCAAUAAGAUGAGAUCAGACUAGAGGACAAGUGGCGCCAUGGUCUUUAUUUAAAUUGAAUAUCGUCUUAUUUCCUGUUGCCACCUGACGAGAGUAUCCCACUUUUGGCUUCCAUGAUCUUGGUGCUCAUGCUACCUUGUUUUCUUGUUUCCUCUGUUGCUUACUAAUGAUUCUCAAUAAACCAGAUUUCGCAUGCCAAGACAGCGUGUUUAGUUCUAAUGGUAGCUCUCGAAUUGCUGUUAUUUUGUUGAGACGAUGGUUCCUUAUGCUGGCCGAUUCUCAUUCCCUACCCAGAAUUUUAACACGACAUUCACAAGAUUGUCCCUUUCAUAAUCCUUUUUUUUUCUUUUCAUGGGUUCUAUGCAUUUAUGUAGCAUCUGAUGUAUUCAUCUAGUGAAUAUCCUCACAAUUCGAUUGGCGUCGCUUCUCUUUACUGUUUUGUUUGUAUUUUAGACAUGGGUUUUCUAUUCUUGGCUGGCUUUCUGACGAGGGAUUGGUAUUCGUCAGAAUGGUCUUGCAACCAAAGUCGAGAAAUCCAGGAAGCAGGUCAAGGAGAGGAAGAACAGAGCGAAGAAAAUCCGAGGGGUCAAGAAGGUAGCGCUUACAUUUCAUAUUUUCUUACGCAUGAUUUUAUAUCUUCUGCGGUGUGGCAUAUGCGCGUAUGUGCUUACAUGUUGUUGCCGCUCAUUGUUCAGAUGAAGGCCGGAGACGCCGCCAAGGGUGGGAAGAAGAAAUAA